AUACGUGCCCUUCGUUGUGACUUCUUGUGCCUUCAAGAUACACAGAGCGAGCGGACGCGGGCGAGCUCGGCGCAGAUUUCACAGAAGGCUGAAGGAAAGAUCAAUUAUUGGCGGCACAUGGCGGCACAGUUUGCUGCUACUAAGUUGAUGGCCGAAGAAUCUGAAGGUAGGGUUGAAGAAAUUGAUGGCCCUGAGAGCUACGCAAGCAUGAAGUCUACUUCUGCUACUAACAUCGUUGCCGAAGAGUAUGAAAGCUCCACAACUUACAUUAGCAGCGAAGUUGGGGCAGUAACUAUAACUGGUGAUAGUGAGGAGAAGGGGGACGACGGCUGCGGUGACACCCUGGACAGUGGCAAUAGCAUCACAGGCAAAGACUCCCAGGAUGAGAAUGCAGACGAUACUACAGAUGUUAGUAACGGCAAAGGUGAUGAUUGUGAUGGCAGUGGCGGAGGCGAUGAUGGACCCAGAUUGGACGUCACUAUAAAGGAAAAGGAAGAGAUUCAAGACCUGAAUAAUGAGCUGGAGACAUUUAUGGCAGAGGUAGAAGAUCACAUUCAAUGUUUUAUACUCUUGUUUAUCGAACUAGCUAUCUUGUUAAUGAAUGAAGGUCAAACAAAGAUUUCGUUCACACAAAGAGGAAUUGAAUGCAGUGACUAAGAAGAAGGAGGAAUACUAUGAGAAAUGGCAGUGUGCGGAGACGGAGUACACCAGCCUCAAGGAGAAAUAUGACAGGAGAGAGCGGAAGUAUGAGAGUGAGAUACAGCGGGUGACUCAGAGCAGGAACGAGUUUGAGGCCAAGUGGGAGAGUGCAAAGAAAACUAUAAAGGAAAAGGAACUUGAAAUUCAAAAGAGAAUGAGAGAGAGAAUGGACACCAUUGAGAGCGAGAGGAAACAGUGGGGAGACAUCAUUCAAAAACUAAAGAAAGAAAAGUUUCAAGCUGCAAUUACGAAAACAAGAGAGAGGUUGAAGUGCACGAGUUGACAGCUACUGAGGAAGAAGAAAAAUGGCAUGCCUGUUCACAAUGUAAAAUUUUCCAGCAAGAGCGUGAUAAAAAAAACAGAGGAAUGUGAUAAAUCAAGGAUUGAGUAUGAGAAACUUAGACAAGAGUUUAUACAUACUGAGAAACGCCACGUGGAAGAGAAGAGGAAACUACAUGUUCGGGUUAGUAAGAAUUUAUAAAAAAUUGUUGAUAUUUAUUAUAAUUACUUUAACAUAGGUGAUUGAAAUUGAGGAAUCUCAAAAUCGUUCAACGGUCAGUGAUGACCCAGUUGUUCUCUCUGGAAUCAACCUGAGGGCUGACAUUGAGAAGUAUCGUAAACUGAUAGACGAAACUAAAAGUUAUGCAGAGUGAAGAAAGCUGAAAUGUUGACCGUAUUGUUACGUACUCAACAUUAGUAAUAAGAAAUUUUUUUGUUAAAGGUGUUUGUGUGCUGCUCAUCACCUAUUCUGUUUUGUGAAAUGACUUGGUAAAGAAGCGAUGUAGCUUAAACGCAUACCUGCACUGAAAAUGCAUAAAACUAUCAUUGAUUAUGACUUGGCUCACAAGAGCAGUUUCCAUAUGUCACCCCAC